AUGGGAGCAGGGAGGAAGACAAAGACACUCCCUUUGAAGGAAAAACCUCCACCUUAUUGGACGGUAAAUUGCAGUGCAUCUGCUAGGAAUCUGAGGAAGAGCGAUCUGGGUGGAGUGAUUUUUGGAUGCAAGCAUAACACAAGGAAAGAAUGCUUGUCCAGGCAAUUGUUUGGUUUACCAGCUCCACAUUUUGCAUAUGUACAGAACAUCAGCCCUGGCUUACCACUGUUCCUAUUCAACUACAGUGAUAGAAUGCUUCAUGGUGUCUUUGAGGCUGCAAGCCCCGGACGGUUAAAUAUCAAUCCAUAUGGCUGGACUACUAAUGGUACAGACCCCACACCAUAUGCUGCACAGGUUCAAGUCCAUUUUCGGGGACAGUGCAAAGCUUUGCAUGAAGAUAAUUUUGGGCCUGUAAUUGCUGACAACUACUAUGAGCCGAGCCUUUUUUGGUUUGAACUUGACCGGACUCAAUCCAGAAAGUUGAUCGAAUUGUUUGAAAACAAAGGAGUUCCACCGAGUAUUCCUCGCUUACAGAAUACAGUGUGGAACACUCCUGAUACAAUACAAGCAAAUGCUCACGCUGAGAAGCCCCUUUCACAGGUAGAUUUUGGUCAAUCAAAUCAGGUCAACCAGCAAUCGGGCUCAUGGGAUGCUCCUCCUUUUGGUGGAAAGACUGAGAACAGUGACAACUGGGGGCCGCCACAGUCUUCCAUGUUAACUGUUCCUGAUUCAGAACAAUAUGAAGAAAUUGUGGACUUGAAAUCAAGUUGUUCAUACUCUUCUGCUCCAAGAGGGGUGGGUGAUUUGUUUCCACAGGGCUCUUCAUUUCAAACUCUUCAUGCUGCUGAUACGAGAGAGGAAGAUGAAUGCUCUAAGACUAAGAGCAUUGCUUCAGACUGGAAUCUGUCAAAUUCAGAUGAGUCCUAUGUGGAACGGGGGUCAUUACAUGUCACACCUCAUUUUUAUGGAGAAAGCCAAGCUUUAGAAGAUCCUACAGAUGAUGAUGCAAAAGAAAUAUGUGAUGAUCCAUUGAACAGUGAGAUAUGUUCAGAGGACAAUCAGACCAACGACACUGAUCAUGAGAUACGUUCAGAGGAUAAUCAGACCAACGACACUUGUCAUCUUUUUUCAGCGGCCAGGGUACAUGUGGAGGAGAUAAGUUCUUUAGUUGCAGCUAUGGCUAUGGGAACGGAGUCUUUUGAUCGACAGUCUGUGGUAGCUCAGUUGAUGCUAGAAAUUGAAGGAUUGAAGGGAUCUCAGUUAAGACAAAUGCAGAAAAUUAGUUCUCUGGAGCAGGAUUUGGUUCAAUCAAAUCUGGAAAUUCAACGAUGGAAAAACCAGUGUAAUGUGUUUGAAUGUGGACCAUUUCCUUCAAGUGGGCAUGAAUCAUUGAUUGAACCUCAUCCGGAAAUUGAUGUUUCUGUACUUAUAGUGGGAGGAUUUGAUGGUUCUGCAUGGUUACCAGCUUUGUGUUCCUAUUCUCUUUCUCAUGACAGAAUGAAAUCUCUUAGCCCGAUGACCUUUGUGGGUCCAUAUGCCUCAGCAGCAAAGUUGAAUGGUGAACUUUAUACUUUUGGUGGUGGACAUGGUGAUGUGUGGUAUGACACAGUAACGGUAGAAUUCUAUAUGUUUCUAGUUGAAUCCUACGACCUCACAAGAAAUCAAUGGGUUAGCCAACCUCCUUUAAAUCAGAAGAAAGGACAUUUAGCAGGGGCUUCUUUAUAUGACAAAAUUUUUGCUAUUGGCGGCGGAAAUGGGGUUGAAUGUUUCUCAAAUGUUGAAAUGUUUGGUUUGAAUAGUGGAAGGUGGAUCUUCACCCAGGCAAUGCAUCAAAAGCGAUUCGCUCCAGCUGCAGCAGAAAUUAAUGGUGCACUCUAUGUCGUUGGUGGAUAUAAUGGAAGAGAUUACUUGAAAUCUGUUGAAAGAUUUGAUCCUCGAGUGCGGUCAUGGACUAGACUAGGCAGUAUGAACACGAAGAGGGGAUGCCAUUCGUUGGUUGCGCUGAAUGAAAAAUUAUCUGUUGAAAGAUUUGAUCCUCGAGUGCGGUCAUGGACUAGACUAGGCAGUAUGAACACGAAGAGGGGAUGCCAUUCGUUGGUUGCGCUGAAUGAAAAAUUAUAUGCCAUGGGUGGUUGCAAUGGGACUAGUAUGGUUUCAACUGUUGAAGUUUUUGAUCCUCGGAUUGGUUCGUGGAUGGCUGAGGAAUCCAUGAAGGAUCCAAGGGGAUUUUUUGCUGCAAUUGUGAGUGGGGGUAAGAUUUAUGUGAUCGGUGGUCUGGACCAUAACAGCACUAUUUUAGAAACGAUUGAAAGUUACGAUGAGGGUUCCGGUUGGCAGGUGACUAACCUGAAAGCUGUUGGGAAAAGAGGCUUCUUCUCCGCCCUCGUGCUUUGA